GUUUCCUUCGCGUCAUCAUGGUUUGCAAGUUCGUCGCCCUCUCCCUCCUGGUAGCCGUGGCCGUCGCCGCCCCCCAGUCCGGCUACGACUACAACACCCCACAGCAACCCUCUAGCCUCUACCAGCAGCCCACACGACCCCCAACACCACGCCCACGACCCCCAACCCAGCUCUACAACACUCCCCAGGCUUCCAACGUUGCCCCUGCAGCCGUGCGACCCCAGAGUUAUAACCCCCCCGCCCCCAUGGAGGGAAUGCCCUACGACUUCGAGUGGGGCGUCCAGGACCAGGAGAGCGGCAACGCCUUCAGCCACGUGGAGAACAGCGACGGCCAGACGACCCAGGGCGAGUACCGCGUCCUCCUCCCCGACGGCCGCACUCAGGUGGUGAAAUUCUACGACAACGGCGACGGCUUCAACGCUGAGGUCACCUACGAGUAGUGGCAGCCAAGAUGACCUAAGGAUGACCUGCGACACGAGAAUAUCGAUGCAGUUUCGACCGACCAACCCUGUGUAUAGCCAUCUGUAUUUCCCUUUUUUAUAGAUAUGUUUUAGUAUGUAGUGACGCUAGGUGUAUUUUUUUGUUGUUUGACAUCCGUGUGUAACAAAAUUCUUUUUUAUACAUAUCAUUUCAAGGGUCACUUCUUGUCUUCCAGAAAUGUGCAAUGUACAAGUUUAUUAUUUCUAUUAGCAGCUAUUUCAUGCGUUUGUGAUGGACACUUCUCUCCCGUUUCUAAAUUCUCUUUGUGACAAAAAAGAUCUUUGUGUCUUUUUCUCCGUCUCAUAACUGUGUAUAUAAUUCGGUGUUUGUGUAGUGUCCUGUUAUAUAUUUAUUGCAGAUCCUUCACCUUUCAAAAAUAUGUAUUUUUUUCUGAAAUAUACAGUAU